UUGAGUCGGUUCAACCCAAAAUGGCCAUGUCCUUUCAGAAAUAAGCAGGGUGAAACUGGUCAAGCUGUUUUUAAUCCUUCGGUCUGUUCCCUCCUUGAAAGGGCAGGCCUCAGGCCAGCGACAGUCUACGCUCGCUCCGCCAAAAAUGGCAGUCCAUCUCGGCCGUCCUCUCCCCUCCUUCGCCGCCCGAAACCCGUUGGUUCCAAAAUCCCAGCUGUCCACCAAACUAUGCGUCUCCUGCUCCGCUACGAACCACUCUGUCAAGUUUAAGAGGGACUACACGAGCGUCAUGAUAGUCCCGACGGGGAUAGGAGCCGCAAUCGGUGGAUUCGCGGGAGACGCUCUGCCCGUAGCUCGCGCUCUCUCCUCCGUCGUCGAUUGUCUCAUCACUCACCCUAAUGUGCUCAAUGCGGCGAUGCUGUACUGGCCCAUGCCCAAUGUUUUGUACGUUGAAGGCCACGCUCUUGACCGGUUUGCCGAAGGAUUAUGGGCCUUACAGCCUGUUCACCAAAACAGGAGUGAUAUGAAUCAGGUGGGAUUGAAUCAGGUGGGAUUGGUUCUUGAUGCUGGAAUAGAGGAAGAGCUUCGGAUACGCCAUUUACAAGUGGCUGAUGCUGUAAGGGCUUCCCUUGGAUUGCCUGUGGUGGAAUAUAUUGUAACUGACACCCCUUUGGAGGUAGAAAAGUGGGUUGAUCCAAAGAAUGGGCAAUCAACAGGGAGGAUUAAACACCCUGACUCAUUACUGAGAGCUGUACAGACUUUAGUUAGCCGUUCAGGGGUGAAUGCCGUUGCAGUUGUUGGACGCUUCCCAGAUGAUGAUGAUGAUGCUGAAGGCACGGAUGACUAUCGACAAGGGAUGGGAAUAGAUCUAUUGGCAGGUGUGGAGGCUGUUAUAAGUCAUUUUGUGGUGCAGGAAUUCCAAAUUCCUUGUGCACAUGCUCCUGCAUGUUCACCUUUUCCCCUGAGCCUAUCACUGUCCCCAAAAUCAGCUGCUGAGGAGUUGGGACACACAUUCUUGCCAUGUGUGCUUGCUGGGCUAAGUAAUGCACCACAAUACUUGGUCAAGAACAAUGAUUCCUUGGAGAAGGGUUGCAUACUGGCAAGUGAUGUUGAUAGUGUGAUUCUUCCAAAUGAUGCGUGUGGAGGAGAUGGUGCUCUUGCUUUUGCAAGGAUCAAGAGGAACAAGCCACUUAUUAUUACUGUGGAGGAAAAUGAAACGGUUCUCAAUGAUACACCAGAUAAGCUUGGCGUUGAAGCGGUCCAGGUCUCAAACUACUGGGAAGCCAUUGGUGUCAUCACAGCUCACAAAGCAGGAAUAGACCCACAUUCACUCAGAACAAAAAGAAUAAACAACAUUCCAUGCAAUUUUCCCCUGCUUGCCAAUGGUAAUGUGUUUUCAAGUACUAUGCCCAUCACCUGAUCACUGUUGCGGAGCCUAUGGUUGCAGGAUCCGCCCCCUGGGGGGGGGGGCGUCUUUUGGAGGUAUUUUUACCUAUGGUUAUAUUACAGAAAGAAGAUAUUGUUCGGCUAAUGACCCACCAAGUCCGAGCACUAUUACACCUUUUUUUGUUGAAAUGAGUUAAAAACAAGGAAAUAGAAUGCUGAAUCUACAGGUCAAAAGUUCAUUAUAGUUAUUCAUGUUUG